UUUUAAUUGCAUAGUGCCACAGCUCACUCCCGAUUUUUUUUUUUGUUGUUUGUUUUUGUUGUUCUGAACACCAUUCAAUGCAUUUGUGCAAACCGCAGGUUGCUUUCUCUCCAGGUCACAGUAGAUUGCCGGAUGUGGAGUGACCUUUAGCAGUCCUGCCCCCGGGGUGGUUGAUUGACAGGAGGACGGGCGGGCGCUGUCCGCUCCUGCCCUGGUGCUGAAGCCCGAAGGGCACCGAGCCUGCUCCAGCCGCCCAGCUUCAAGCGAAGGGAGGCGUGCUGCACAGCGGCAUGGUGAAGCGCAAGAGCUCCGAGGAUGCAGAGCGGGAGUGCGGCCGGGGCAUCCCUCUCCCCAUCCAGACCUUCCUGUGGAGGCAGACCAGUGCCUUUCUGAGACCAAAGCUGGGAAAACAAUAUGAAGCUUCCUGUGUGUCCUUUGAACGUGUUUUGGUGGAGAGCAAGUUGCAUGGCCUCUCGCCUGCUCUCUCUGAGGCCAUCCAAAGCAUAACUCGUUGGGAACUAAUACAGGCUGCCUUGCCUCAUGUACUCCACUGUACAGCUACACUACUGUCAAAUCGGAAUAAACUUGGCCAUCAAGAUAAACUUGGUGUUGCAGAGACAAAGCUUCUUCAUACACUGCAUUGGAUGCUCCUGGAUGCUCCUUUCGAAUGCAGUAAUGAGUCUGCAACUGCCUUUGGUACUUCAAGAGGAGGGGGGUCCAGCAGUGCUUUUGUUCACCAAGUUGAGAAUCGUGGAUCUCCAGGCCAGCUUGGGCAAGGCAGUGCCACUGAGGAAGAGGACCAUAUAAGACCUAAGCUAUUCACAAAUUCAAUGGCCACUGUAGAGUUGUUUGUCUUCUUGUUUGCACCUCUUGUCAAUAGAAUUAAGGAAUCAGAUCUUACCUUUCGCCUGGCAAGUGGUCUUGUGAUUUGGCAGCCAAUGUGGGAGCACAGGCAUCCUGAAGCACCAGCAUUUACAGCUCUUGUAAAACCGAUCAGAAAUAUUGUUACAGCUAAAAGAACUUCACCCUUAAAUAACAGAGAAACACCUUGUGACUCUGAUAAAGCUGAAACAGCAGGUUUUCAAGUGGUUUGUGAGACUGUUCAGCUCGACUCUGUAUCUCCAGAGACCAGAAAACAGAGCUGUCAUCAAAGAAAUUCAUUUGAAGCACCUGGAGCCUCCCAGGACAAAGAAACCUCAAACUCCAGAACUUCGAUAACCAUACCACCGAGUCAGAAAUCUCGAUAUGCCACCUAUUUCGAUGUUGCUGUAUUGCGCUGUCUGCUGCAGCCCCAUUGGUCAGAAGAAGGUAUCCACUGGUCACUGAUGUAUUACUUACAAAGACUUCGACAGAUUCUAGAGGAGAAGCCAGAUAGACCUUCUGAGCCUGAAAUAACUCACUUACCUAGACCACGCAGUAGUUCCAUGGUAGCGGCAGCUCCUUCGCUGGUUAACACCCAUAAGACACAGGAUCUUACUAUGAAGUGCAAUGAAGAGGAAAAGUCCCUCAGUUCUGAAACAUUUUCUAAGGUGUCUGUGACAAAUCUGAGACGACAAGCUGUUCCAGACCUUUCUACCGACCUAGGAAUGAAUAUCUUCAAAAAGUUCAAGACUCGGAAAGAGGAGCGUGAACGCAAAGGCUCGAUCCCAUUCCAUCACCCAGGUAAAAAGAGACAGCGACGAAUGGGAAUGCCAUUCCUCCUUCAUGAGGAUCAUUUAGAUGUGUCACCGACUCGAAGCACAUUUUCAUUCGGAAGCUUUUCUGGAACUGGAGAAGAAAGGCGCGGUUUGGAGAGAGGCGGGUGGCAAGCUACAAUACUGGGAAAAUUCACACGACGGGGCAGUUCAGAUACAGCAACAGAAAUGGAAGGCAUGAGUGCUAAGCAUUCCCAUUCCCAUCAUACCUUGCUGAGUGAUAUACCUGAUCACUCUAACAGUCAUGGAGAUAACACAGUUAAAGAAGUGAGAUCACAGAUUUCCACAAUCACUGUAGCCACUUUCAACACCACAGUCGCUUCCUUCAAUGUGGGAUAUUCUGAUUUCUUCAGUGAACACAUGCGAAAAUUGUGUAACCAAGUGGCUAUACCUGAACUGCCCCAUGAGCCACUAGCAUGUGCCAACCUGCCUCGAAGUCUGACUGAUUCCUGUAUAAACUACAGCAGCCUUGAGGAAACGGAAAACAUGGAAGGAACUAACAAUUUUGUCAAGAAAAAUGGAAUGCUUGAUCUUGGGGUCAUUCUAAAAGCAUUGUAUGUGGUACUUAACCAUGAUAUCAGUUCUCGUAUAUGUGAUGUGGGGCUAAACGUCAUUGACUGCCUACUGCAGCUGGAAGUAGUUCCUUCAGCGGAUAAAAAGUACAAAAUUGAAGAAAAUAAGGAGAAUAAUACAGAUGAGAAACGGCAGAAAGAAGCAACCAGUCAGCGAGCAGCACCAACAGGAUCAUCUGGUACAUUUGGAGCGCCACCAGAGGAUGGAAAUGGAAAUGCAAGUGGAGGUGGAGAUGGUGGCGGAGGAGGUGGAGGUGGUGGUGGAGAUGACGGAGAUAAAAAGAGCAAAAAUCAGGAGGAUGAAGAUACCACAGGCAACAUUCAUAAACUUACUUUAACAAUGCUGAUCAAAAUAGUGAAGUCACUGGGAUGUGCCUACGGUUGUGGUGAGGGCCACCGUGGCCUGUCAGGAGAUCGUCUCCGCCUGCAAGCACAGAACUGUCUUACUAGAUUGUACAAACUUAGCAAAGUGCAUUUUCGCCAAACUCUGCGGGAGUAUGUGAACAAGGAUUCCCUGAACAAUGUAGUGGAUUUCUUACAUGCUUUGCUAGGGUUUUGCAUGGAACCAGUUACUGACACACUAGGUAUUCAGAUCCGAUCAGCUGGGGGUUGCAACGUCCACUUUAGGCGCCCCAGCCUCUUUGAAACAGGAAAAUUGGUGGCUCCAAUCGGGAGGCCUACCACAGACAAGGCUGGAUUUGGAAAUAAUUUUACCACUGGGGAUAGUAAAUCAGCUGCACGAAGUAUGGAGGCAAUAAUUGCGAGCUGCAUGUUCAAACCUCUGAUCACACGAUGUGCAUCCACUACACAUGAAUUACACAGUGCUGAAAAUCUGGGACUUUAUUGUGACAUUCGUCAACUUGUUCAAUUCAUCAAAGAGGCUCAUGGCAAUGUUUUUAGAAGGGUGGCACUAAGCGCUCUCCUUGAUAGUGCAGACAAGGUAACACCUGGCAAAAAACCUGAAGAAACUGAAGAAAAGAAAGUGUCAGUCAGCAAAAGAGUUGAAGGAGGAUUAAGCACUGAUAAAGCUCAAGCCUCAGCAGCACCAGAUGAAUGCCGAAGUCUGGUCUCGAGUCGUCCUCCUCAGACUCCGGAGCACGAAGAACAAAUUCCAGGAGCUCUUUUGGGUCGAAAAGACUUUUGGCGCAAAAUGUUUAAAUCUCAAAGUGCUGCAAGCGACACAAGCAGCCAAUCUGAGCAGGAUACCUCUGAAUGCACAACUGCUCAUUCUGGAACCACCACAGACAGACGCUCACGGUCACGGUCUAGAAGAAUUUCUCUCAGGAAAAAACUGAAACUUCCAAUAGGAAACUGGCUGAAACGUUCUUCGCUGUCAGGGUUAACUGAUGGUGUUGAAGACCUCUUGGACAUAAGCUCUGUUGACAGACUUUCAUUCAUACGGCAGAGUUCAAAGGUUAAGUUUAACAGUGCAGUUAAGCUCUCUGAAGCUGAGGGCCUGGAGGAUGGGCGAGAUGAAGAGGAGAACUUCUUCAAGCGUCUUGGUAAAUGGCGCUCUGGUCGAAGGAAUCCAUCUAAGCUUCAUCACGCUGAAGAAAAAGAUGGCUGUCGUAGCUUUGAAGAACACCUUGCAGCCAGUCAAGAAGGAAGUAAAAACAAAAAUAUUGUGAAUCUUGGAGCGAUCAGACAGGGCAUGAAACGGUUCCAGUUCCUUUUAAACUGCUGUGAACCUGGUACAAUUCCUGAUGCUUCGAUCCUAGCUGCAGCUCUUGACCUGGAAGCGCCAGUGGUGGCAAGGGCAGCACUAUUCCUGGAGUGUGCCCGGUUUGUACAUCGUUGCAAUCGAGGAAACUGGCCAGAAUGGAUGAAAGGACACCAUGUAAAUAUCGCUAAAAAAGGCUUAUCCCGAGGAAGAUCGCCCGUGGUUGGAAAUAAGCGUAAUCAGAAAUUACAGUGGAAAGCAGCAAAACUCUUCUGUCAGUGGGGUGAGGCUAUUGGGAACAGGUUGAAUGAACUGUGUCAUACAGAGAGUGAAAGCCCAGCAAACAUAUUGAGUUUCAUCUAUGAUGAUGAGACUAAACGAAGGCUGAGGAAAGAAGAUGAAGAAGAAGACUACCUUGAUGACAAUACUGUUAAUCCCACCAAAUGUGGUUGUCCAUUUGCAUUAAAGAUGGCAGCAUGCCAACUUCUUCUAGAGAUAACAACAUUCCUUCGGGAAACCUUUCCCUGUUUGCCUCGACCACGUACAGAGCCUCUUGUUGAUUUGGAAAGCUGCCGACUCCAUCUGGAUCCUGAAUUAGAUCGGCAUAGAUAUGAACGGAAAAUCAGUUUUGCUGGAAUUAUUGAUGAUGAACAAGAUUCAAAGGAUUCACCGCACAGCAGCAGCCAUACCCUCAAGUCAGAUACAGCCUGUGAAGAGAGAAAAGGGCCAAGCAGAAAAGGAAGACCAGGAGGCUCGCGCCUACUUCAGAUAAAGGGGGCACGAAGCUUUCGAAUAAAGAAGGGUGGUUCGUUGUCAAGCAUACGCCGAGCUGGAAGCUUGAAGAGCACGAAGCUUUCACGACAGGACUCUGAGUCAGAAAAUGAAGAAGUUCUAUUAUCUCAAAGCCAUGACACAGUUACUGACAUUGGCAGCCCUUGGAGUACAAGUGAACCUAGUAUUGAGCCGGAAGGUUUGAGCACAGUAGGAACAGAAGAAAAUUACCAUAGAAACAUGACAUGGUUGCCAGUUAUGAUCUUGCUGUGCAGCCAACAAAGCUUCAUCUGCUGCCAUAUUGAUUACUGCCACCCUCGCUGUUAUCAGCAUCACAGCCGAUCUUGCGCUCGGCUUGUGCGGGCAAUCAAGCUCCUAUAUGGAGACACUGUGGAUUCAGUCCGAGAUGAUGACACUACCAGCAAAGUGGGCUUGAGGGCCAAGAAAUCAAAAGAGUGCUCUGAGAAGUCAUGCUUGCGUACACCUUCUUUAAAAAAAAGGAUACCUGUUACAAGUUUGGAAGGAAAAAAGGAUUCUGGAAUGUUGAAAUAUAUUAGGACUCAGGUGAUGAGCCUGUCUCCUGCCCCACUGUCUUUGUUGAUCAAAGCAGCUCCUAUACUGACUGAAGACAUGUAUGGUGACAUACAACCUGCAGCUUGGGAACUUCUCCUCAGUGUGGAUGAACACAUGGCUGCAGCAGCUGCUGCCAUGUUUCUACUGUGCGCUGUUAAAAUACCUGAUGCUGUGUCAGAUAUGGUGAUGUCUGAAUUUCACCAUCCAGAAGCAGUACAACGCAUUAAUGCCAUAGUGAAAUUUAAUACACUCUGGAGAUUCAGAUACCAGGUUUGGCCACGCAUGGAAGAAGGUGCUCAGCAGAUCUUUAAGAUUCCACCACCAAGUAUAAACUUCACCCUACCUUCUCCAAUUUUGGGUAUGCCAUCGGUACCAAUGUUUGACCCACCUUGGGUUCCCCAAAGCACUGGCCGUGUACAGGAUCCAAUCAGUGAAGAUCAGUCUAAAUCGUUUUCUGCUCGCGCAGUUUCCCGGUCCCACCAACGAGCUGAGCAUAUUUUGAAGAACUUGCAGCAGGAAGAGGAGAAGAAGCGACUCGGUCGCGAGGCCAGCCUGAUCACAGCCAUUCCUGUGACACAAGAGGCCUGCUAUGAGCCAACCAACACUCCUCCACCUGAACUCGAGGAAGAAGUUGAAGAUGCCGCCAACUUAGCGUCCCGCCGACUGUCUGUCAGUCCUUCCUGCACAUCCAGUACAUCCCAUAGAAAUUAUUCAUUCCGUCGAGGCUCAGUAUGGUCAGUGCGGUCAGCAGUCAGUGCUGAAGAUGAGGAAGAUGCCACAGAAAAUACUCCAACACAUCAUGUAAUACAGCCUCCCCAGGCUGUGUUUCCUGCAUGCAUCUGUGCUGCUGUGCUGCCAAUUGUUCAUCUCAUGGAGGAUGGAGAGGUACGAGAAGAUGGAGUGGCAGUGAGUGCUGUAGCACAACAGGUGCUGUGGAAUUGUUUGAUUGAAGACCCUGCACUCGUCCUGCGCCAUUUUCUGGAGAAACUCACCAUUAGCAAUCGUCAGGAUGAACUGAUUUACAUGCUGCGAAAACUUCUGUUAAAUAUUGGAGACAUGCCAGCUCAGACCUCCCACAUUCUCUUCAACUACCUGGUUGGUCUGAUCAUGUACUUUGUCCGCACUCCUUGUGAAUGGGGCAUGGAUGCAAUCUCAGCCACUGUCACCUUUCUAUGGGAGGUUGUUGGUUAUGUUGAAGGGCUAUUCUUCAAAGACCUAAAACAGACAAUGAAAAAGGAACAGUGUGAAGUAAAACUGCUGGUUACAGCCUCUAUGCCAGGUACAAAGACUUUAGUUGUCCAUGGACAAAAUGAAUGUGAUAUUCCAACGCAACUUCCUGUCCAUGAGGAUACACAGUUUGAAGCUGUUCUUAAGGAAUGCUUGGAAUUUUUUAAUAUCCCUGAAGCUCAGUCAAACCAUUACUUUUUGAUGGAUAAGCGUUGGAAUCUGAUACAUUAUGCAAAAACUUAUGUACGAGAUAUUUAUCCAUUUCGGCGAUCUGUCUCACCACAGUUGAACCUUGUCCAUAUGCUUCCUGCAAAAGGGCAAGAGCUGAUCCAGAAACAGGUGUUUACUCGGAAGCUGGAGGAGCUCGGCCGGGUGAUGUUUCUGAUGUCUCUUACUCAGCACAUGCCUUCUGUACACAAACAAUCACAUGUAUCUUUGCUACAAGAGGAUCUUCUGAGACUUCCAUCAUUUCCUCGAAAUGCAGUUGAUGCAGAAUUUUCGCUGUUCGCUGACCGUCAAGGCAAAGAAUUAUUUGGUCUUGAUACCCUUCACAAGAGUAUGUGGAUCAAACUCUUGGAAGAGAUGUUUUUGGGUAUGCCCAGUGAAUUUCCCUGGGGAGAUGAGAUAAUGCUCUUCCUGAAUGUGUUUAAUGGGGCUUUAAUCCUUCAUCCUGAAGACAGUGCAUUGCUCCGUCAAUAUGCUGCUACAGCUAUCAAUACUGCAGUGCACUUCAAUCAUCUCUUUUCACUGAGUGGCUAUCAGUGGAUCCUUCCUUCCAUGCUUCAGGUCUAUGCUGAUUAUGAAAGCAAUCCAUUGCUACGCCAAGCAAUUGAAUUUUCUUGUCGACAGUUUUAUGUUUUGCAUCGAAAGCCUUUUAUUCUUCAAUUAUUUGCAAGUGCAGCACCACUACUGGAGUUCUCAGAUGUUACAACAAGUGGAUCAGCUAAAGGUGUGUCUUCUCAAUGUCUGUUUGACCUUUUGGUGUCUUUGGAGGGUGAUACACAAGAUACGUUGGAUGUGCUGGAAUUAGUGAAAGCUGAGAAACCACUCAAAUCUCUCGAUUUCUGCUAUGGAAAUGAAGAUCUUGCCUUCUCUAUUAGUGAAGCUAUUAAACUCUGUGUUACUGUAGUUGCAUAUGCACCGGAAUCACUUAGAAGUCUUCAAAUGCUGAUGGUGUUAGAGGCACUGGUUCCCUGCUACUUGCAGAAACUGAAGAAGCAAACCAUUCAAUUGGAAUCAUCCUCCGCAGCAAGGGAUGAAAUCACUGCAAUUGCUUCACUCGCCACAUCCUUGCAAGCCCUAUUAUAUAGUGUUGAAUCUCUCACCAGACCAAUGACAGCUCCUCAAAUGAGCAGGUCCGACCAAGGUCAUAGAGGAGCUCCAACAGCCAAUCAUGCCAUGUCUGGAGGACCCAAUACAAGAGAAAACCUUCAUUUGUUAGAAGAGGGCCAGAGUCUGCCAACUGAGGAACUGGAUGAGCGUAUAGCGAGAGAGGAAUUCCGCAGGCCUCGGGAGUCAGUCCUAAACAUUUGCACUGAAUUCUUCAAGCAUUGUGGCCCCAGGUUGAAAAUUCUUCAGAAUAUGGCCGGAGAACCAAGGGUUACCUCUCUUGAAUUACUUGAUGUGAAGUCACAUAUGAGGUUGGCUGAAAUUGCACAUUCCCUUCUAAAGCUUGCACCAUACGACACUCAAACAAUGGAGAGUCAUGGACUUCGGAGAUACAUCAUGGAAAUGCUUCCAAUCACUGACUGGACUGCAGAAGCUGUGCGACCAGCUCUCAUCCUAAUCUUAAAGAGAUUAGAUCGGAUGUUCAAUAAGAUUCACAAAAUGCCAACCUUAAGCAUUUCACCAGAGGCAAAAAGAAAAGAUAACCUGCCCAGACUGGAGACUGAAGACCAAGUUGCUAAGCGCCAGGUGGAGUGGGAAGCUGCGAGCAGUUUAAUUGAAGGCAUUUGUGUCACCCUCCAAAGGCAGCCAAUCAUUUCAUUCCUGCCACAUCUCAGGUCAUUGAUUAAUGUUUGUGUCAAUUUGGUAAUGGGUGUGGUUGGACCUUCCAGUGUUGCCGAUGGUCUGCCUCUUCUGCACUUAAGCCCAUAUCUUUCUCCGCCUCUACCUUUCAGCACAGCUGUCGUUCGGCUCGUCGCAUUACAGAUUCAGGCUUUGAAAGAAGACUUCCCAUUGAGUCAUGUGAUUUCCCCAUUUACAAAUCAAGAAAGAAGGGAAGGCAUGCUCCUGAAUCUUCUGAUACCGUUUGUGCUAACAGUUGGAACAGGAAGCAAAGAUAGUCCAAAUUUGGAGCAGCCUGAGGUUUUCCUGCUGUUACAAACAGUAAUCAAUAUUCUCCUUCCGCCACGAAUCAUCAGCACUUCCCGUAGCAAGAACUUCAUGUUGGAAAAUUCUCCAGCCCACUGCUCCACCCCUGGGGAUGCUGGGAAGGAUCUUCGCAGGGAAGGCUUGGCAGAAUCCACAAGUCAGGCAGCUUACUUAGCUUUAAAGGUGAUCCUUGUCUGCUUUGAGCGUCAUUUGGGUAGUCAAUGGUACAAACUUAGUUUGCAAGUUAAAGAAAUGGCAUUGCGGAAGGUUGGUGGUCUAGCGAUGUGGGAUUUCAUCGACUUUAUAGUGAGAACCAGAAUCCCUAUCUUCAUUCUUCUGCGACCUUUCAUCCAAUGUAAGCUGUUAAGUCAACCAGCAGAAAAUCAUGAAGAAAUGACUGCAAGGCAUCACAUUGUGGACCAGCUCGAGCGUCGGUUCAUUCCAAGGCCACUCUGCAAGAGUUCUCUAGUUGCUGAGUUUCACAGUGAAUUAAAAAUCCUGAAGGAAGCAGUGCACAGUGGAUCAGCAUACCAAGGCAAACCUUCCAUCAGCACUGUGGGAACCUCCACAUCAGCUUACCGCUUGAGUCUGGCCACCAUGUCUCGUUCAAACACGGGGACAGGCACUGUGUGGGAGCAGGACAGCCAACCUUCUCAUCAGGCCUCUCAGGACACACUAAGCAGGACUGAUGAGGAGGAUGGUGAAAAUGACACCGUUAGCAUGCCUAGUGUUGUUAGCGAACAGGAAGCAUAUUUGGCCAGCAGCAGUAGGGGGCGUCGUCGAUUUUCAAGCCAUGUCUCUAGCAUGUCUGCUCCUCAGUCAGACUCCGGCCUCAGAAUUUUGCCCAGCAACAGUGAACCUAAUGUCCUCGAUGAAUCCCAGGGGCUGGCUGCUGAGAUUAACCUUUCUAGGGUAGCAAGUGUUCAAAGUGAACCUGGGCAGCAGAAUCUGCUUAUGCAACAACCAUUGGGAAGAAAGAGAGGUCUCCGGCAGCCACGCCGCCCUCUCCUCUCGCGUCCAAAGUUACAAGCUGAAAUAAGGGGACGGCAGGGCGCCCGACUGUCUACAACCAGACGCAGCAUUCAGCCAAAAGCCAAAUCUCUAGAGCAAAAGCGGUCAGUGACCUUCACUGAAAUGCAGCAGGAUGCCCUCGCUCCUCAGCAACAAGCAACAAUCGCCGAGGGGAAGGAAAGUGCUACGGAGCAGGCAGAGAGCAGCAAACCAGAAGCAGCCGGGAUGUCAAUGCCUGCCAUUUCACCAGUUUCAGCAGCAGCACCUAGAUCCCCCUUAAUUAAGGAUCCGAGCAACCAAGACCACUACCAGAUGAAGCCAACAUUUUCAGAAUCUGAAAGCAAAGACUCAAAGACAGAUAAAAUGCUGUCAGCACAAACCAAAUCUGCAUACCAGCCCCCUGUCUCUGUCAGCGAUGACUUUACAGGGCUUGAAGCAAGCAACUUACUUCAACGUACAGACACGGUCCUGCAUAUCAGUGAAGAGAAUGCUCCAGAAAAUCCUCUACUUUCUGAUCCAUUCAGUUUGUUGAAUGUGGAAGCUGGUCUGUUACAGGAUCCAAAGAUAUUAAUUUAUUCUUGAUGUUUCAAGGUACCCAGUAAUUUUCUAAAUAUUGGUUGCCAUUAAGUUUCUUUUUCAUGGUCUGUUAAAAGUGGUAAGUAUGUUGGAAAAAUCUUUAUAUUAAAAGAAUUUGUUGAUUCAUUAGCAACUAAAUAAUAAUGUGCCAUCGUGUUGCGUAAUCUAGUCAUUAAUACACCAAAGCUGGAAAAGCAAUUAUCAACAAUGAAUGUAAUGCUGCAGUGAUUUCACGUGUCCUGUGUUUGUUUCAGCAUUAUUCCAUUUUAAAAUUGAAACUUUCAUAAAAACAUAUGCCGUUAAAUGUAUUGUAUGACAGUUUGAUGUAAAUGCAAAUGAACCAGUUCGAUGUCAAAAGUCAGCUUGUAGUAACUAACUGUUGAAUGUACUUAUGUACAGUUGAGCCUAAAUUAUCUGCCUCCCUUGUCAGAACUAUUACAGGGCAAAGCCUUGCAUGAGGUAUUGUGUCAGUGUAAUGUCAGUGCUUAAACCUUGUUCUUCAGAUUUCUUUUAUAGUACUUGCUUUCUUUCCAUCUUAUAGAUUUCAAGAUCAAAAUUUGGGAUAUUUUAAAUUAUUGGCAAGGCAAAGGUUGUGCUCUAUUGUGGCAGAUAACACAAUUGGCUGUACUGUAUUUUAAUGUGAUGUGGCCAUCUUCAGGUCACACAACUGAAGUAGACAUAGCUUGAGAAGGUUGGUUAAAAAAAUAACUUUCGAUCCUUUAAGAACCUGCCUCCGAGCAGUUUAUUUUAUUUUUUUGGGAGUGGGGGUGGUGUGGGGGUGAAUAGCUCAUCUUCCAUUGUAAUUUGCUUUUGAAAACCAAUACAUUUUUCUAUUUUCCUCUGAUUCUCUUUUCUUUCCAGUGAUAUCUUGACAGGUCUCUCAUUCCCUUUGGCUGGGAAGAUGGGCAGUUACCAAAGUCCAAGCCAGUCACAAUAAGUGAUGCCUUUAUGUUAAUCCACCAAUUGAUUCAGCCAUCCUUUGUAGGUGAGCCCAAAAAAAAUGAGUAGGGGCUAAGUUUUCACUUCCAGUGGGGGUUAUAAAGGCAGAGGCAGAGGCUGAGGUAAGAGUACAAACCCUCAGGCCCUCUUUCUCAUGAGGGCCACAACUCUUAAACUUUUUGGACUUCCCUGAAUAGACACAUCAGUCUUCUACCUAAAUCCACAAGGAAAGCUAGUUGCCUGAAUAAAGAUUUGAGUAGAAGAAGGAUGCAGUCUUGGACACAAUGGAAUAUGGGUAUUCUUAGGCCGUGCAAGUUUUGCCUAGUUCUUCAUAUGCAGUAGCCCUUAAAGAAAUAAAAUUAGAGGUGGCUGACAAAACAAUGGCUCUUUUUAUAAAAGUUUGCCUCGAUACUGAUAUGACUGGAGUACCUCCACAUUAAUGUUGUGUACUGUUGUUGGUCCACACAGCCUAAUGCCCCUUACUCUCUUAACCAGACCUGACCUGAUUGAUGCCAACAGUUGGCCCGUAAAUUUAGGGCAGUCCUACAUGCAUCAAAAGAGAGUUUUCAGCAGGAUGACCAUUUCACACCCGUUAUUGCACCUUAUCUAAUUUGGGCCCCACUGUUUUGUGGCUGGUGAGUUGUUUUUAAAUAUGUACUGACAAAAUUACUCUGUUUCACUAGAAAGUGCCAUGCGAAAUCGAUAAUUCAGAAUGGCUGUAAAGGUUUUAAUUGUGGUGACAAAUCUGCACAAUAAUCUGUGAAAGGGGACAAAAUAACUUAGUGUUGUUUUUAAUUUUUGAGUGUAAAACAGAAAUAACAUACAGCAGAACCAGGGCCUAAUCUGACGGAUUGUUCCUCGUUAUUGGUGGCCAAUUCAUGGCAAUGUUAACUCCUUUCCUAAAAAAUGUAAAGGCUUUGUUGGUUGUUCUGGAAAUCCUCUGUAAUGAUCAUUAAAAAGAAAACUGUGUGAAGCUGUGUAUGAUUUUGCAGUAAGUCGAACAAAUCGUAUUAAUAAGGGACACUUUCUGGAGAGUGGGGGAGGGCGAGAGGCACUGGUGGUUGA